AUGGAUUCGCGCCUGGGUCUGCUUAUAGCCCUGCUGCUGGCCACGUUCCAGGCCCACCGAACCAGCUGGGCGCUGGAACUGAACGCCACCAACUCCUCUGCCUCCUCCACCUCGGCCACUGGGGAGAGCGGACUGCUGCGGACCGUGCGCCAUGUGUAUGGCCAGUGCGCGGAUAGCGAGGAUAUUUUUUGGUGCUGCAAAGUGCAGGGCGCCCGACUGCUGGGGCGCGCACUCAAGGUGCAGCAGCUCAGCAUUGUGGAUGGCGUUAACCUGGUGAGGCGGGAGAGUGCGGCUGCGGCUGCUGCUGCGGCCCAAGACACGCGCACCGGCCGCGCCAGCAUUGCCGAGAGUCAGCUGAACAAUCGCGAUCUGGAGCACAUGUCCGGCAAGAGUUUGGACGCCCUGCUGCUGGAGCGCUUCCUUGGCUUCGUGCACAGCCACCAGCUGCAGUCACUCCUGGGCUACUUCCUGUCCAGCAAGGACGGCGACAGCGAAAGCGAGGGGCGCAAGAAGAAGGGCGACGACAAGAAGUAUCUGGGACCCUUCAUCGCCGCCGUUCUGCUGAAGACGGCCAUCCUGAAGAUGGCCUAUCACUCGAUCGCCAUUGUGGCUGGCAAGGCUCUGAUUGUGGGCAAGAUAGCGCUCAUCAUCAGCGCCAUCAUCGGACUGAAGAAGCUCGUCGGCCACGACGGCGGCGAGAAGACCACCUACGAGAUCGUGAAGCACCCGCAGGUCCAGCAGAGCCACACCUAUUCGUCCAGCCAUCAGGGCGAGUACGAUUCGGGCGGCCAUGAUUCCGGCGGCGGCUCCUACCAUCGCAGCAUCGACGACGAGAUGAUGAUGCAGGACAAAGCCUACCAGGCCCGGAUGCCACAGGCCGGCGGCUCUCCGGCUGCUGCAUCGACUUUGACCAAGGUGUCGCGAUAA